AUGGCGAGCUGUUCAGAUUUUAAGAAGGGUCAUUGGACACCAGAGGAAGACUCUCUUCUGAAACAACAUAUUCAACUUCACGGGGAAGGUCACUGGAGUAGGAUCCCUAAAACAACAGGUUUGUUGCGAUGUGGUAGGAGUUGCAGGUUACGGUGGAUGAAUCAUCUUCGCCCCAAUUUAAAGCGCGGAAACAUUUCACAAGAUGAAGAAGAUCUCAUUAUAAGGCUGCACAAGCUGCUUGGAAACAGAUGGUCACUGAUUGCCGGUCGGAUGUCAGGAAGAAUGGACAACGAGGUGAAGAACUACUGGUAUAGCCGGUUGAAACAUAGGGUGCUCGGCAAUAAAGUAACUAGACCUUUGGUUACCAGACUAACUGCUAAACCUACAAACAAUCUAGCUAAGUCUCCGCCCACAGAUAUUGAAUCUGCAAAAACUGCAGCAUUGUGGAAAAGGACGUGUAGAGAAGCAGAAGGGCAGGAGGAUAUUAUAAUAGUGAACGUUGGAGAAGAAAAUGAGGAGGCAUCUAAAUGUCAUGCAAUAGAAAGAAAUGGCACCCCAAGCUAUCCAUCUGAUGAGGUAUCAUCGUCCAAUUCAUACUUAUCUGAAGAGUCAAUCUCCAUCCUUGACUUGUAUUAUCAACAACAGAAUGAAAUGGUGAAAUGGUUGUAA